UUUAAUCCAACUACGGCGGCCGGGAAGGGGAGAGGCAGGGCCUCGCCCUGCGGCCAGUGCCGGCUCCACCGACGAACUGCCCGGGAGGGGUGGAGUCAGCCUCCCCGCCCCCCGCAGGUCCCGCCCACGACCCCGCCCUUGCGUGAAGUCCGCGUGGUGAGUCUGGCGCAGGGCUGGCGGAUCCUCCCAAACAUGGUAGAGCCGGCGUUUGUGUUUGGGUUGGUGCUGCCUUUAAUCCUGCUGGCCGACACAAGUGCAGAUGAUGGUUUUCGCUUUGCUUCAUACAUCAAUAAUUACAUGGUGCUGCAGAAGGAGCCCGCGGGGGCCGUGAUCUGGGGCUAUGGCAUAUCCGGAGCCACAGUGGCAGUGACUCUGUGCCAAGAUGGAGAAGCCAUCAUGGAGAAGGUGACGAGUGUGAAAGCACAUUCUAACAGCUGGAUGGUGGUACUGGAUCCCAUGAAGCCUGGUGGACCUUAUGAGGUGGUGGCACAGCAGACUUGGGGAGGAAUGAACUUCACCCUGAGAGUUCACGAUGUCUUAUUUGGAGAUGUCUGGCUUUGCAGUGGGCAGAGUAACAUGCAGAUGACAGUUUCACAGAUACUCAAUGCCACCAGAGAGCUGUCUAACACUGAGGCCUAUCAGUCUGUCCGCAUCUUCUCUGUGUCACUCACCGAGGCAGAGCAGGAACUGGAGGACCUUGCCAAGGUUGACUUACAGUGGUCUAAGCCCACCUCAGAAAACCUAGGCCAUGGAGUUUUCAAGUACAUGUCAGCAGUGUGCUGGCUCUUUGGGCGUAACCUGUAUGACACGCUGCACCUUCCCAUUGGGCUGAUCUCCUCCUCAUGGGGUGGGACACCCAUUGAAGCCUGGUCAUCCGGAAGGUCACUGAGAGCCUGUGGUGUUCCUGCACGAGGUUUCACUCAGUCUGAUUCUAUAACUGGUCCCAGUAAGAACUCUGUUCUCUGGAAUGCCAUGAUCCAUCCACUGCACAAUAUGACUCUGAAAGGUGUGAUAUGGUACCAGGGGGAGUCCAAUACAGAUUUUAAUAGGGACCUAUACAGUUGCACAUUCCCCGCGCUCAUUGAUGACUGGCGUCAAACCUUCCACCAUGGCUCCCAGGGGCAGACAGAGCGUUUCUUCCCAUUUGGAUUUGUCCAGUUAUCUUCAUAUUUGUCUGCAACCUCAGAUGAUAAAUUUCCCCAGAUCCGCUGGCAUCAAACAGCAGACUUUGGCUAUGUCCCCAACCCGAGGAUGCCCAACACCUUCAUGGCAGUAGCAAUGGAUCUCUGUGACAGGACGUCCCCUUAUGGCAGCAUCCACCCUCGAGAUAAGCAGACCGUGGCCUAUAGGCUGCACCUGGGGGCCCGGGCUGUGGCUUAUGGGGAGAAGCUCAUCUUUCAAGGACCACUGCCGGAGAAGAUGGAGCUCUUAGCUGACAGGGGGCUGCUCAACCUCACGUACUCACAGCAAAUCCAGGUGGAGAGGCAGGACAAGAUAUUUGAGAUCUCAUGUUGCAGUGGCCAUCAGUGCAAGUGGCUCCCCGCCCCCAUGGGCACUUUCUCAGUGCAGACGCUGGCCCUGAAUGUCAGUUCUUGUCGCGACACUCCGACCGCGGUUCGCUACGCCUGGACCACGUGGCCUUGUGAAUAUAAGCGGUGCCCCCUGUACCACCCCAGCAGCGCCCUGCCGGCUCCUCCCUUCAUUGCCUUCAUGACAAACCGGAUUCCUGGACACCUCAGCAAGCUUGCUAAAUGAUUUAGCAGCAUUGUGAUCAUUCCCUUGGCCAUAAGUGGGGUCCUUUAGAUGUGGCCAUUUAGGUGUUGAAGUGAUGACAGCUAUAGCUUUCAAAGACAACUAACAGAAAAGCUGCACUGGACAGCUCCACGCUAGCACAUGGCUGUGUCCGUCCUCUGAAAUAGCUGAGCCAAUGCUGACAGGCAAGUGCUUGCCUUUCGUCCCCCAGUCUAGGUGUCUUACUGGACUAACUCCCAACUACGAAUGAACUUCAGUGUCAUUCACUUCUCUUGUGGAGAGCACAGCAUCUAACACUUUUGUCUACUUACAUCCAGAAUCGUGGAAACUCAUGGCUGGAAAGAAGUUCAAGGCCAUGUGGGCCGGCCCGUAUUUGUGUAUUCUUUACAAAACCUGGUAAGUGGUUACUGAAUCCCUGUGUAAAGUUUCUAAACACCCGAAGCUUUUUCUCACGUGGAACUGAACUCUUUCUAGCCAUUUGUGUUCUCCUUUAAGCCAAAGCCAGCUCUGGUCCUUCAGUCUAAUGAUAACAGGAAUGUUUGAAACCAACUGCAGCUGUGUGCCUGCAUUUGGGGACGUGCGGAGGGGCUGAGGCAGGGAGGGGGAGGCGCUGAGGGGCUGCUUUAAGGAAGGAGGAAAGGUGAGGUGGUGGGGUGGCCCAGGGAGGCACUCAGGCAGCCAGAACUGGGUGGAGAAACACAGGCUCUGAAAACAUGACUGUAGAGGUCACUGACAGGCAAACAGGUUAAGUAUAAAUCUCAGGGUUUUUAAGGUAAGAGGUUUACCUAUAAAAAGGAUAACCCAGAUGGAAGAAAAAAAGAGGCUGAAAAUAAAGCUACACAAUAAGCAUUUAGAAAAAUAAUCCAGAUGGGACAAAUGUGAAAGCGGGCUUCUAUGAGUACUGUUAAGAAUCCUAAUGCAAAGAGAAAAAAAAAAAAAAAACCCUAACACUGCUUAUUGGUUAAAAACAGCGAAUGGCACUUGACAACUGUGUCCUCUAUUAGAAUCUGGAAAUAAACGAUAACCAUUAGUGACGUGUAAACACUUAUACCCCGCCAAAACUCAGUUAGGAACAGGCUUGUAAAUUGUCCUUUGAAGCCUGAGGAAGGAGUAAGAUUUAUUUGAGUAGCUUCCACUCCUUAAUGGCAAAAAUAAGAACUAAAGUAAUCAGCGCCUGACCCCACGGGGUCUUGGUGCUGCUCGGCACAGCAGGAAUAGCUGUCAGUGCCAGGAUUUAUUUUAGUAAAAAAACAACACAACUAUGCAGGAUACAAAGAACUUUGGCUCCUCUGAGGACUGCCUAGGGUACAAUUAACUCCGAACACCCGUACUUGGACCUCACGUGCAUGUGGCCCAAGGGGGUCCACGAGCCUGGGAACAGGGAACCGAGACUGCAGGGAAGUAAAUCUCCCGUCCGCCCUUCCCCUGCACCAACACACAUUCACUCGUGGGCUGUUCUAACUUGCGGGCAGCUGGACGUGGUCAGGAACCCAGACCCAGGCUCCUUUCUCCCCCAGGAACCUAGUGCAGAGUGGGCAAUGUUAGAUUUAGGUGGUGGGUAUACUAACAAAAAGUCAUGUGAAACUUCAUUUUCAAUGGCUGAAUGAUUUUAAACAUUCUGUGGGAAUUCAGUUAAUUUCCCAAAUGAAAAUUACUUUUUAGUAUUUAUAAAAUGAAAUUUAUAACUAUAGUAGAUUUGGAUAUGAACAAAAAGAAUAAACAAGUAAAGAUCACCCCAAAAUCCAUCUUUUGGCAAAAAACAUUUAAUAGUUUGGUAACAUUCACUUAAUUUGCUUGGGUAUAUUUUAUACACUAUAUGUCAUACUGUUUUGUAGUAUUUUUGACUAAUUCUAGUAAAAUAAUUUUCCUAUAUAAAUUGAAUAUAGUGUUUUAGUUUGUGGGAGCCCCAUACUUUAUUUAACCAAUUUUUCCGUUAGUGGACAGAUUUUUUCCAAAUUUUCCCUGUUAAAACAUGUACGGUGAUGAAUGUUACAUGCAAACAUCAUACUGUACUUCCUUCCUUAAGAUCAUUAAUGUGAAGUAACAAUUUUAAAGAUUAAACAGGUUUAAAAGUUU